AUGGCUGGACCCACCACCCACGUUGCUCCCAUGCUGUUCCUUGCCCUCCUGGCGUUUCUGGAGCUGAGCCUGGCCGGCUCCCUGGGCCCCGGAACCCCUGCUCGAAACCUCCCUGAGAAUCACAUCAACCUCCCAGGCCCAGCACUGUGGACGCCUCAGGCCAGCCACCACCACCGGCGGGGCCUGGGCAAGAAGGAGCGGGGGCCAGGCAUGCCUGGCCGGGCCCAGGAUGGAGCUCUGGGCACCUCCACCAGGCAGGCCUCCAGGCUGCCAGGGGCAGGGGGGCUGCUGCCUGGGCAAAGUCCUGCAGGCCUGCUGCAGGACAAGAGUCUGCUCCUGGGGCUGGCCCUGCCCUACCCUGAGAAGGAGAACCGGUCUCCAGGGAAGAGACGCAGCAGGGAGCACAGGAGACGCAGGGAGAGGCUGAAACUGCACAGAGGCCGAGCCUUGGUCCGAGGCCCCAGCUCCCUCAUGAAGAAGGUGGAGCUGCCCGAAGACCAGGCGCUGGACGCUGCCAUGGAGGAGUCGUCCACCAGCCUGGCCCCGACCAUCCUCUACCUCACCACCUUUGAGGCAGCACCUGCCACGGAAGAGUCCCUGAUCCUGCCUGUCACAUCCCUGUGGCCCCAGGCUCAGCCCAGGCCUGACGGGGAGGUGAUGCCCACGCUGGACAUGGCCUUGUUCGACUGGACCGAUUAUGAAGACUUAAAACCUGAGGCCUGGCCCUCUGCCAAAAAGAAAGAGAAGAACCCGGGGUAAACUCUUCAAGUGAUGGGCAAUGAGACAUCCCCAGCCGAAGGGGAGCCGUGCGACCAUCACCACGACUGCCUGCCAGGGACCUGCUGUGACCUGCGGGGGCACAUCUGCAUGCCCCACAACCGGGGCCUCAACAACAAAUGCUUCGACGACUGCAUGUGUGCGGAAGGGCUGCGCUGCUAUGCCAAGUUCCACCGGAACCGCAGGGUCACACGGAGGAAGGGGCGCUGCGUGGAGCCCGAGACGGCCAACGGCGACCAGGGAUCCUUCAUCAACGUCUAGUGGCCCAGACUGAGGCGCCUCCCCGCAGGCCUGGGGACGGAGCGCUGGAGGUUUGGAGAAGCGACAGUUUGUUUAUAACUAGCGGUGGGGGAGCAAAUGGGGGACCAGAUGUCUGAGGCUGCAGGCUCCGACCCAGGACCCGAUCGAGGACCCGCAGCCCCGGGAGGGGAGCGCUGGGGUACUGCCUCUGCCCAGGAGCCGAGCAGCAGCUCGUCUGCAACCCACACCCCUGAGGGACCCGCAGGGCCUGAGCAACCCGUGCCCUGUUCUCCGCGAUGGCAAUGUCGAUAGUGCCCUCUACUGUCCGACCGCAGCACUGCAACAGCUUCGAGUUUUAAAAGUGAAGAGGUUUUUGAACAGAAAAGAAAUGGGAACUUGGGUGGG